AUGCAGAUCCAUGUUUGUUGCGUUGCAAGGAUGAAUAUAUGUUCUACACAACAACGAAUACUAAAGCUGUUAGAAGGGAUACGUUUGCAGUUGAUAAAUAUAAUUAUCUCUACAGAAGAGAACAAAUCUCCGUUGGAUAGAAUUGCCGCUGCUUGCGAUAAACACAAUAGUUUUCUUUCGUGUAUUCGUAAAUGCCAGCAUUCCAUAGCUCGACAAAUUAUUGCAGAUGGGCAACAAGCAAUGAAUGCAAUUUGUCAAAGUUUUCGAAUAGACAAAGAAUUUCAAAAUUUUGUUCUACCCUGCCUUGUAAGGAAUGGACCACGUAUUGGAAAGAGUUGUCAACUUCAUUGGUCUUUAAUGGAAAGUGAUGUUUACGAGACUAUUAGUCAACGACAAUUUUUAUAUAAUGGAUAUGACCCAUCCGAAAUUGAUAAAAAUGAGGAAAAUGAUGGAUUCCAACGAUUGUGUAGGGCAAUGAAUAGCUAUGCUGAUUGCCAUCUUAAAGCUAUUGCCAAACUCUGCCAUCGGAGAACAAUUCCAUUUUUUGUUAGAUUCAAUGCAAAAAUAUCGGCCGCACUUCUUCAAAUGCUCCUCGAUUGGUUCGGCAACACUAAUUCACAAUUAGACACAAAAUGGACAGAAUGUGAGCAAUGGGAACCUCAAAAACUGUUAAAAUCUGUUUUGGAUGAGCCUUCAAAUAAUGCCUAUUUUAUUAAAUUUUCAAAAAAUAUUUUUGUUUAUUUUAUAGUUUUUGUUUUGUUUUUAUUUUAA